AGUUCUGUUUUUCUUUUUGUAGUUUUGAAGGACCCCUGAAUAUAUUUCAAAACCGAACAGCUUUAACGGAGCUGAGGCAUUCUGCCUUCGUAGUGGUACCAGUCCGGUGUAGGAGAGCCAAGCAGACUCUCAGCCAUCAUGGCGAACCUUAGCUACUGGCUGCUGGCACUGUUUGUGACUAUGUGGACUGACAUUGGCCUCUGCAAGAAGCGGCCAAAGCCCGGAGGGUGGAACACUGGUGGAAGCCGAUACCCUGGGCAGGGCAGCCCCGGAGGCAACCGUUACCCACCUCAGGGUGGCGGCACGUGGGGGCAGCCCCAUGGUGGUGGCUGGGGACAGCCCCAUGGUGGCGGCUGGGGACAACCUCAUGGUGGUGGUUGGGGUCAGCCCCAUGGCGGUGGCUGGGGUCAAGGAGGGGGCACCCACAGUCAGUGGGGCAAGCCCAGCAAGCCGAAAACCAAUAUGAAGCAUGUGGCGGGUGCCGCUGCAGCUGGAGCAGUGGUGGGAGGCCUUGGUGGCUACAUGUUGGGGAGUGCCAUGAGCAGGCCCAUGAUCCAUUUUGGCAACGACUGGGAGGACCGCUACUACCGUGAAAACAUGUACCGCUACCCUAACCAAGUGUACUAUAGGCCAGUGGAUCAGUACAGCAACCAGAACAACUUCGUGCACGAUUGCGUCAACAUCACCAUCAAGCAGCACACAGUCACCACCACCACCAAGGGCGAGAACUUCACGGAGACCGACGUGAAGAUGAUGGAGCGCGUGGUGGAGCAGAUGUGCGUCACGCAGUAUCAGAAGGAGUCCCAGGCCUAUUACGACGGAAGAAGAUCCAGCGCAGUGCUUUUCUCCUCCCCUCCUGUGAUCCUGCUCAUUUCCUUCCUCAUCUUCCUGAUAGUGGGAUGAGGGAGGCCUUCCUGCUUGUACCUUCUUCUUCUUCUUGUUCUUGUGGUCUAGGCUGGGGGAGGGGGUUAUCCACCCAUAGCUCUUUCACUUGAGGUGGUGUCUCAUUCUUUCUUCUCUCUUUGUCUCCCCGUAGGCUAAUCCCCUUGGCACUGAUGGGCCCUGGGAAAUGUGCAGUAGCCAGAUGCCAUUCGCCCCAGAUCCCUUUGAUUGAGUCCAUCAUGGGCCAGUGCUAACACCGGGCAA